AUGAAGAAGUUUCUUGUGUUUGUCUCCUUUUUGGUCCUGCUGACCACUGUUACAGACACUUCACCAAUUUUGUCUGAAAAAGAUGCCAAACAGAUGCUGAGGACUCGUCGUGAAGAGAGACCGAGAAAAGCUGGUUUCCCUGAUGAACCAAUGAGGGAGUAUAUGCUUUACCUCCAGCGCUUGGAGCAGAGAUCUGAAGAACAAUUCCUUGAACACUGGUUGAAUCCUCAUUGCCUCCCACACUGCAACAGGGACCUGGUGCAUCCAAUUUAA